AUGGGCGCUGUGACGUCACAUCCAAUUUUUCUGGCCCUGGAAGAGCUACUACGCUCAAAAGGACUAAAGUUAAAAAAGACUACUUUACAGGGGUUCCUUGAGGAAUGCAACAUUGUAGCUCCUUGGUUCAUAGUCUCCGGGAGCCUUACAAUAGCCUCCUGGGACAAAUUAGGGAGGGAUUUGGACUUUGCCUAUGAACAGGGCACAUUAAAGGCAGGAGUCUGCCCCAUUUGGAGAUUGAUUAGUGGCUGCCUGGAGGAUCAGAGCUGCUGUGAGGUUAUAGAAAAUGGACAGUCAGCACUGGAGCAGUUACAGGAGGAAAGGUCAGAGAAGGCGAUCAGUGAAAAGGGAAACAGUGAACAGGGCAAAAGGGGGCGACUAUACCCAGAUCUGUCCGAGCUAAAAUCGGAAAGAGGGAGUCCCAGCGAGUCAGAGGAGGAAGAAGUGAGAGCACUUAUUCAACAGAUGAAAAGGAGCCGUAUAAAACAAGGGGAACGUAAGCUAAGCCAACCUGCACUUAAUGAGGACGUAGAAAGAACUUCCGGUUGGACCCCUUUAGCUCCUCCUCCAUAUCAACAUGGAGCCAAUGGGCACAAGUUUUGCCCAGACACAUGGCAAACUGCUCAAGCAGAACUCGCCUUCCCAGUUUUUCAAGACAAUAAUCAACAGAGAUUCCAUGAGCCUCUAGAAUUUAAAGUAAUUAAGUCCCUGGCUGAGUCUGUUCGGACAUAUGGGAUUACAGCCUCUUUUACCGUGGCUCAAGUGGAAGCUAUAAAGAGAUACUGCAUGACCCCCUCUGAUUGGGCGAGUCUAGCACGGGCAUGUUUGAGUCCAGGCCAAUACUUGGAUUGGAGGGCAUUUAUGCUGGAAUUUUGUAAUGACCAGGCAGCCAUCAAUCAAGCGAACGGACGCCAGGCUUGGGACAGAGACAUGCUCCUAGGACAAGGUCGCUUUGCUAAUGCUCAGACAGGAUAUCCCCCUGAAGUCUAUCAACAAAUAAAUGAUGUUUGCAUUAAGGCGUGGAAAUCACUACCAAAUAAGGGGGAAGUUAGCGGCAAUCUCACCAAGAUCCUGCAGGGGGCUACCGAGCCUUUUUCAGAUUUUGUGGCCAGAAUGGUGGAAGCAGCAGGCAGAAUUUUUGGGGAUCCUGACAUGGCUAUGCCUCUUAUAAAACAAUUAGUUUUUGAGCAAUGCACUAAAGAAUGCAAAGCCGCCAUUACCCCGUAUAAACAUAGAGGGUUGGAGGCAUGGAUGAAAGUGUGCAGGGAGCUGGGAGGACCUCUAACUAAUGCAGGCCUUGCCACCGCAGUACUCCAGUAUUCAAAUAGGCAGGGGGGGGGAGUUCUGGAGUGA